AUCCAGUCCGCCCGAGAUAUCAAUCGCGGGGAACCGGCAUUUCCUGGUUGAAGUACGCUGUAGACCGGUUUCUCUUUGUUCUUCUCAUACAUAUAUUGAUGCUUCGUAGACGUUGAUUUUGGAUAUAUCUUGCUCACAAGUAUAUAGUACCCCCGCCAUUCCAGAAGUGCUCACGAAAUCAUGGGUUCCCAGCAUGCACAUGAACUGGGUGUCAGCACCCCGCCUUCCUACAAACUUGAUAGCAAUGCCUUCACCAAGGAAUAUGCCGAGUCUCUCGAUGCGCGGGAUCCUUUGCGUCAUUUCCGCCAGGAAUUUCUUAUCCCAUCUAAAGCUGAUCUCAAAAGGAAGACUCUGGCUAUAGACGGCUCCGACGAAGAGUCUGAGCCCAGGUGUAUAUAUCUUUGCGGAAACUCAUUGGGUGUUCAACCUCGCAGCACCCGCAAGUACAUUGAACAAUAUCUACGAACAUGGGCCAUCAAAGGCGUAACUGGUCAUUUCCUCCCACACGAGGACCAACUGCUCCCGCCCUUUGUUGACGUUGACGAUGCUGGCGCAAAGCUCAUGGCGCCCAUUGUGGGAGCUCUGGAAAGCGAAGUGGCAGUGAUGGGCACGCUGACGGCCAAUCUACACUUUCUGAUGGCAAGCUUCUACUGCCCGACCCAGGAAAGAUAUAAGAUUAUCUUGGAAGGGAAGGCGUUUCCUAGUGACCAUUACGCCGUUGAGUCCCAGAUCAGACACCAUAACCUUCGCCCUGAGGAUGCCAUGGUUCUCAUUGAGCCGGAAGACCGUAAGAAGCCGGUCUUGCGAACGGAGCAGAUUCUUCGAGUUAUCGAUGAGCAUGCCUCCAGCACAGCACUUGUGCUCCUCUCGGGCAUUCAAUUCUACACUGGACAGUACUUCGACAUAGAGAAGAUCACCGCGCAUGCCCAAUCCAAGGGAAUUCUCGUUGGCUGGGACUGUGCCCAUGCAGCAGGAAAUGUCGAUCUGCGAUUGCAUGACUGGAAUGUAGAUUUCGCUGCAUGGUGCAAUUAUAAAUACCUCAAUAGCGGCCCGGGUGGUAUGGCAGGCUUGUUCGUCCAUGAGAAACAUGGCCGAGUGGAAAUGGACAAGGUUGGCAGCGGGGAAGAGCCCUUUCGCCCGCGACUCUCGGGUUGGUGGGGAGGCGACAAGAAGACUCGCUUCCUCAUGAACAAUAACUUCCUCCCGCAGUCGGGUGCUGCAGGAUUCCAGCUAUCUAACCCUUCCGUCCUGGACAUGAAUGCGGUCGUGGCGUCCCUCGAGCUGUUCAACCGGACGUCAAUGACUGAGAUCCGUCAAAAGUCCUUGAGCGCCACGGGAUACCUGGAGCAUCUCCUUCUGAACUACCCCGUCGACUUCCCCUCUGGCGAAAGGCCUUUCUCCAUUAUCACACCCUCAAACCCAGCAGAGCGUGGUGCGCAACUUAGUCUGCUCCUGGAACCCGGUCUCUUGGAUAAUGUCCUGGAGACCUUGGAAGAGCAUGGUGUUAUCAUAGACGAAAGAAAACCAGACGUUAUCAGGGUUGCGCCAGCACCUCUGUACAAUACGUACACUGAGGUGUGGGAGUUUUGCCAAAUCUUCUUCGAGGCCUGCCAGAAAGCCCUGAAGGCCCGACAGUAAUCAACAAAGGGGCAAUUGCUAAACUUUGGAGAGAUUGGAUGUUUCGGUACAUGUCGUCCUGCACAUAUUAUCAUCUACCUUUUGGUUUGUUGACGGUCGCAAAUAAGGAUCAUAUAGGCCCAUAUACUGGCCAUCGGCGUUGGACAUGAAUCACAAUAGAAAUGUGAAGAGCAAUGGACCUGUUAGACUAUACGAUACCGAGGCACGACGUUAGCC